AUGGCUGGAGUUACAAAACUUGAACUCCGGACAGCUCUUGGUCCAGUCUACCGGGACGUACUGCCAAAUCCCCCUCGGGACUGUACGGCAGAUGAAAUCCCAAUUAUCGACCUGGCGCUUAUGUUUUCUGAAAAGCUGUCCGACCGUCAGAGUGUCGCCGCUAAUAUCAGAUCGGCCGCAACUAAUACCGGCUUCUUCUAUAUCAAGAAUCACGGUAUACCGGAAGAGGUCAUUGCCCAAUGCAAGAGGCAAGUAAUCAAUUUCAUGAGACAACCAUUGGAGAAGAAAAUGCUAGUGGAUUCCAGGACGCAUAGCAAGUUCUAUAACGGAUAUCUUGGAAACCGGAAGGCCCAGAUCUCUCGAACAGAGAGCGCAGACGUUCGAGAAUCGUUUUCGUUUCGGUAUAGCCCCGAACUUGAUCCGGAUCACCCAAUGAAUAUCUCCGACCUCCCUGAAGAUGUGAGAUCAUGGAUCCGUGCGGAAGACUUUGUGUGGGAGGGGACAAAACAUUUGCCAAACUUUAAAGAAGAUAGUCUCGCAUAUUGGAAGAACUGCUUAACUCUAGCCAGGAGGCUAGUGAGGUUGUUCGCUCUUUCUCUAGACCUGGAAGAAGAUUAUUGGGACGAUAAAGUCACGCAUCCAGGAGCAGAUGGCGUUUUCAACUACUAUCCCCCAAGGACGGUAGAAGAAGUUGAGAGCAAGUUUGUUGGGUUAGGAAGUCAUACAGACUUGCAGCUAUUUACGCUCUUAUGGCAGGACAGCGUAGGUGGUCUGCAGAUACUAUCCAAAGAAGGGCAGUGGCUGAGGGCACCUCCGAUUGAGGGAACGCUUGUUGUCAAUAUAGGCGACUUCAUGAUGCGGCUUUGUAAUGAUAUUUAUAAAUCCACAGUCCAUAGAGUGACAAAUGAGUCAAACGAGGAGCGUGUCUCUCUACCAUUCUUCUUCGGUCUCAAUUUUAAUUGUGUCGAGGGUGUUGUGCCUUCAUGUACGUCUGAGAAGAAUCCGGCGAAAUACGAACCCAUUUCUUGCGGCGACUGGUGUCAGAAGAGAUUCAAGAUUGAGAGGGAUGAGUUUCUCAAGAACCACGAAGCAAAGAAGAUACUGGCUCCAAGUGCUACCGUAGUAGCUAUAUAG